AUGAAGCGAAAUACCUCAGUGGCAUCUCUCACUUCUUGGAAAAGCUGGCCUUCUCCGUGAGUACUCAGUUUGGCAGCAAAGAUGAAAUUCUCCUCACCUUAGAAAAGCACGGGGGCAUUUGUGACUGCCAGGCAUCGAGAUGAAGAAAUUGAGAUGACUAGAAUGGCUAUACGAUUUGAACUUGAAGACUUGAAUAUGAGACCUGAUCCAGAGCCUCUCCUCACAGAAAUGAUCCAUGCGGCAGCCUACAGAGACAAUACAGUUGGACUGAACAGGUUCUGCCCAGUGGAAAAUACUGACAAAAUUGAUCGAGAAGUCCUGCAUUCAUACCUGCGCAACUACUAUACGCCAGACAGGAUGGUGCUUGCCGGGGUGGGAAUCGAGCACGAGCAGUUAGUGGAGUGUGCGAAGAAACAUCUGCUUGGAGCGGAGCCGGUGUGGGGCAGUGGGCAGAGCAAGGACGUGGACAGAUCUGUGGCUCAGUACACAGGAGGCAUUGUCAAGGUUGAAAAAGAUAUGUCAGAUGUGAGUCUGGGCCCUACUCCCAUCCCAGAGCUUACCCACAUCAUGAUUGGGUUAGAAAGCUGCUCGUUUUUAGAGGAAGAUUUCAUUCCCUUUGCGGUAUUAAACAUGAUGAUGGGAGGUGGUGGCUCUUUUUCAGCUGGAGGGCCUGGCAAGGGCAUGUUCACCCGACUGUAUCUCAAUGUGCUCAACAGGCACCACUGGAUGUAUAAUGCAACCUCUUACCACCACAGUUACGAGGAUACAGGUCUUCUGUGUAUACAUGCCAGUGCAGAUCCAAAACAGGUUCGAGAGAUGGUGGAAAUCAUCACAAGAGAAUUCAUUCUAAUGGCAGGAGCAGUAGGAGAGGUAGAACUUGAGCGAGCAAAGACACAGCUGAAGUCCAUGCUCAUGAUGAACCUUGAGUCUCGGCCAGUUAUCUUUGAAGAUGUGGGAAGGCAAGUGUUGGCAACAAACACAAGGAAGCUACCUCAUGAGCUCUGUGACCUGAUCAGUCAGGUGAAAUCUACUGAUAUCAAGAGAGUGGUCACUAAGAUGCUUCAUAAAAAACCAGCUGUGGCUGCACUGGGUGACUUAACAGAUUUGCCCACUUACGAACACAUCCAGGCAGCGCUUUCCAGUAAGGAUGGGCGACUCCCUCGAAUGUACCGGCUCUUUCGAUAAAGCAGUGCAUCCUGCACGUCCGACAGACUUGCUUCUUUUUUCAUAUGUUUUUGAGAUUCUAAUAUUGCUGCA